AUGUUGUCGCCGUCCGCUCCGCCGGUGACGCGCGCGGGGGGGGGGGCGGCGGCCUCGCGAGAGGCGGCGGGAGCGGGCGGAGGGGCGGGGAGGGGGCGCGCCCGUGGCGCCUCCGCCCAUCGCCGCCCCCCGGCCCUCAGCGGCGCGCCUCGGUCCCUCACCGUCCAUCUCCGUGCUUCAGGGACCCUCACCGUCCUUCAGUGUCCCUCAGCCCCUCAGCGACCCGCCUCGGUUCCUCACCGUCCUUCAGUGUCCCUCAGCUCCUCAGCGACCCGCCUCGGUCCCUCACCGUCCUUCAGUGUCCCUCAGCUCCUCAGCGACCCGCCUCGGUCCCUCACUGUCCCUCUCCGUCCCUCCCCUUGCCUCAGCGGUCCGCCUCGGUCCUUCACCGUCCCUCAGCGACCCACCUCGGUCCCUCACUGUUCAUCUUCGUCCUUCGUACCUCAGCGAUCCGCCUCGGUCCCUCAUCGUCCCUCAGCCCCUCAGCGACUCGCCUCAGUCCCUCACCGUCCCUCGGUGUCCCGCAGCGCCUCAGUAACCCGCCUCGGUCCUUCACUGUCCUCUCUCCCUACCUCAGCGCCUCAGUUGACCCGCCUCGGUCCCUCAGCGCCUCAUCCCUCCCUCAGCGCCUCUGUCCAUCACCGCCUCGCACACGGCGCCCUGAUUCGGUCCCUUAGUCCACUUCAUCCCAACUCGGUCCCUCAGCCCCCCUCAUCUGGUCCGCUUCCCUCAUUUUCUUCAUCCCCUUUCCCAGCCCUAAUCCCGCCUCAGCCCUCCACCAUCCCCCUCAGCCGACCCCAGCCCCUCAGCCCUCACCACGUCCACUCGGUUCCUCAGCCCCUCACCGACCUCCCCCUCACCGCCCUCCCUUCACAGAAUCUCAGGAUUGUUAGAGCCUGAAGGGACCUCUGGAGAUCAUCCAGUCCAACUCCCCUGCCAAGGCACGGUCACCCAGAGCAGGUGACACAGGAACGUGUCCAGAAAUUUUAAUUCAUCUUUGUGAAACACUAAAUUGCAUGAGCUCUUCCCAGGAUGGCUGGGCAUGGAGCAGAACAGGGAGCAAACCCAUCACUCCAAGCAGAUCUCUAAGAAAGGACUGAGGGAUGGAAAAUGUGCAAGAGAAUGUGGAAGGUACUGGAUGGUGAAUUCCCACCACUCUGGAGUACAGAGAAGAUCAUGACUGACUCACACAUGGAACAAGUAUAUUCUCAGUCAUCAGAAUGGCAGAGCAGGAGAGAAGCAAGUGGCUGAAUUCCAAGAAAGCCAUGGAGUGGAAGAGAAGGUUCAAAAAGGUUGUUUUUAAGUGUCUAUCAGUUUAGUGUCUAUCAGCUGUGGGGCAGGCUGAAAAAAGGAGCAUUGCAGCACCAGGCAGUGAAGACACAGCCCAUAAAGGGCCAACUGCCAUUGUGAUUAUUGUAGAUCCAGAGUUUCUGUUGAGAAGGAUGUUGCAUGCAAGUAGAGUGGUUUCCUCUUUCAACUGAAGCCAAACCAAGCAUUUCAUUACCUUCUUUUCCCUCUUCUUUACCCCAGCUGUGUGAUCUAAUACAGCAGUAUGGAUGCUGGAAGCUUGGUUCAAAAACCAGCUGGAUACAUUGAUGGAACAAAAAUACAUCAUGAGCUACCAUUAAAUAUAGACAUCACCUCAGUUUGUCUGUGAGAUAGGACCCUGGAAAUAAAGGAAUUAUCCUG